AUGGAACAUGCAAUCGUACAUCUUGCUGGUAAAGCGAAAGCAGCCGUUGAACCAUUCCUUCCAAAAUCCACAGAUGCAGGGACGCUGAGGCAACAAAUGAAAACUGUUUGCUCCCAACGUAACAAAAAGAAGUUAGGGAAAGCCCCGAGUGGUGCUGGUCUGUGGGUGGAAGUGGUUAACGAUGUUGGAUAUCGUCCUAUUUCUGAGGAUCCAGGGAAAAUCAAGAAAACGUUGGAACUGCUUUGUAGCGCAGAUCUUGAUCAAUCGCUGCGACCAUCCAAGAUGCAGUGGCUAAUGGAACUAGUUACUUUCGCUCAGAUUGCCACUGAUGAAUGCGAUUUCGGAAUGGGAUUGGAAUUGGGUCAGUGGCUGUUCCUUGCAAACCAUGAACAGUUCGAUAAAGUUGCCCACCGACUUCUCGGCACUGCUUAUUCGUUAUUGGGUCGUGCAGAGUACAAGAAGAUUCUCGAUCUUCAAAUGGCCCCAGGUAUCCGAAGAAGAGAUGAGAUUGACGCUCGAAAGAAGAAGACUGAAUAUAUCGGUGGAGGAGGAAAGCUGAAUGAUUAUUUGACUUGUGUGAUUAUAUCUCACUUUCAUCUCGAUCACUGUGGAUCGCUACCUCAUAUGAGUGAAAUCGUUGGAUUCGAUGGUCCUAUCUAUAUGACCUAUCCGACAAAAGCUAUCGCACCAGUGCUUUUGGAAGAUUACCGGAAAGUACAAACCGAAUUUCGUGGGGAUACAAGUUUCUUCACUUCGGCUAACAUCAAAGCAUGUAUGAAGAAGGUAAUAGCAGUGGAUCUUCAUGAGACCGUCCAAGUCGACAACGAACUUUCCAUUCGUGCAUUCUACGCUGGCCAUGUGCUUGGCGCAGCCAUGUUUGAAAUCCGUGUUGGCCAUCAAAGCAUACUUUACACAGGUGAUUAUAAUAUGACACCCGAUCGACAUUUGGGUGCAGCUCGAGUGCUGCCAGGCCUUCGACCUGACUGCCUGAUCUCUGAGUCCACUUAUGCGACAACAAUCCGAGAUUCGAAGCGAGCACGAGAAAGGGACUUCUUGAGAAAAGUUCACGACAGAGUAAUGGCAGGUGGAAAGUAUUACCGGUUGUUCAUCAACUGGACGAAUGAAAAGAUCAAGCGUACAUUUGUUGAAAGAAACAUGUUUGAUUUCAAGCAUAUCAAGCCACUCGAUAAGGGUUAU